AUGUCCCACGAAAAAACCGACUUGGCAUCGUUGCCUCACACCUUCAGCAAGCCUGUCCAUUUGGCUGUCAUUGGAGGCACAGGUCUCUACGAAUUGCCAAAUCUCAAGCCCGUUGCACGUCUCACAGUAUCAACUCCAUGGGGAUUUCCAUCUGCUCCAAUUACCAUUGCAGAGACACAAAGUGGUGAAGCAGUGGCUUUCUUGGCCCGUCAUGGCCCCCACCAUGACUUGCUCCCAACCGAUGUUCCCCUGAGAGCCAACAUCGCUGCUUUGAAGAAGGUUGGUGUGAAGGCUAUCAUUGCAUUCUCUGCAGUGGGCUCUUUGCAACAAGAGAUUCGUCCUCGUGACUUCGUUGUUCCUACGCAAAUCAUCGACAGAACCAAGGGCAUCAGACCUUCCACUUUCUUUGAGAAAGGUUUCGUUGCCCAUGCCAUGUUUGGCGAGCCCUUCGACUUGAAGCUCAACAAAAUCAUUGCAGACUCUAUCCCCACAAAGGGUUUCUUAGAGGCUCAUGAUACCGAUGUCGAGCCAAUUUUGCACACGAAGCAACACACUUCCAAUGGUGAGGACUUGACCGUUAUUUGCAUGGAGGGUCCACAAUUCAGUACCAGAGCCGAGUCCAAGAUGUACCGCAGUUGGGGUGGAUCUGUUAUUAACAUGUCUGUUUUGCCAGAAGCCAAAUUGGCCAGAGAGGCUGAGAUUGCUUAUCAGAUGAUCUGUAUGUCUACCGACUACGACUCGUGGAACGAGAGUGAGGAGCCAGUUACUGUUGAGACGGUGGUUGGAAAUUUGAAGGCUAACUCCUCCAAUGCCCUCAAAGUUGCAAGCAAGCUUAUCGAGGUUGUUUCCGAGGACUUGCGCACUGGAAAGCUGGGAUUGGGCUCUGAUUUGGAAGGCUCGAUGAAAUAUUCAGUUAGCACAAGUCCACAUGGUGUGAAAAAGGAAUUGUUGGAGAAGAUGCACUUCCUUUUCCCAGGUUACUGGCCAAUUCAAUAG